AUGCUUCGUCAAACUUUGGUUAGAUCAAUUAGGCCCUCUAUCGCUUACAGAGCCCCGCAAUUGUCCAUCAGGAGAAACUACGGGAUCGUGGACGCUGCAACCAAGGCCGUGUUUGGCGAGAAGGGGUUGAAUGAGAAGAAGAAGAAGGAGGGCGAGUUGGAGAAUGCCGCUGAGGACGCCAACUUGCACGUUGGUAGAAAAUUAGCCGACGGGAUCCAGGAUGCCCAGGACGCAGCCCAUGACGCAGCCCGGGACGUUAAAGUCGAUGAGCACGAUGCGAAAUCAGCGCUCGAGACGGCUAAUUUGAAGACGGGCCGCGUCUUGGCUGAUGGAAUCCAGGAUGCCCAGGACGUAGCCCAGGACGUUAAAGUCGAUGAGCACGAUGCGAAAUCAGCGCUCGAGACGGCUAAUUUGAAGACGGGCCGCGUCUUGGCUGAUGGAAUCCAGAACGCCGAGGACUUGACGCAAGACGCGAGUAAAGUCACCAAGAACGCCGCUGAUAAGGUGCGCGAAGUCGCCGACGAUGUCAAUUUGAAGACGGGCCGCGUCUUGGCUGAUGGCAUCCAGGAUGCGCAGGACGCCGUGGGCGAUGCUGAUAAGAUCAAGGACGCGGUGGAUGCGGGCGCCGAGAAGCUCAAUCGCAAGACGGGCGAGGUGUUGGCGGAUGGGGUCCAAAUUGGCGAGAAUCUCGUUGACGGCGACAAGGUCAACAAGAAGACGGGGCAGGUUUUGGCUGAUGGAGUCGAGAAGGUGCAGCAAGCUGGCCAGCACGUGGCUGGUAAGACGAAGGAGGCGUUGGGCGAUGGCCUGCGUUUAGCUAGUGAGACUGAACAGGAGUUUGAGGGACAUGAAGCUAGGGAAAAAGUCAAGGAGAACACUACGGGGUAUGCUAAUUUGCAGGAUAAGGGUAGAAAAGCUCCUGUUGAGCAAAACAGACCCGAUGAUGCUAUGUAA